UUGCGAGCGACACGGCCGCCAUGAUGGCGACGCUGGUCAUAGACCUCUCGAGCGAGGUCUGGGACCACGGAUUACCUCCGUUGGGCGCGGUGUCCGAGGAGGCGCUCCUCGCCCUCCUGCCUUCCGCCGCCGGCCUGCCCGAUGCGCUCUGCGCGGGCGAGUGGUCGCAGCUCUCUGCGGCGCUCGGACUCACCAGUGAUCAGGCGACGGCGUGCUUGCAGCUGGCGGCCGUUCUGGGCGGCGGCGACGAUCAGACGGCACAAGGGGAGCAGCGCGUACCGCUCGCGACGCUCCUCCUCCUCCUCUGGGUCCAGCAGGCGCAAAGCCAGCUCUCCACCGCCUCCGCCGUCGCUAGCCGAUCCCUCUCGGGCAGAGACGAGGAGCCUCCCUCCUCGCCGGUCGGCUACCCCAUCCCGACCGACUCCUCGGCCCUCUCCUCUCCCCGCUCCUUCGAUGCGCCGGCCCGCUCUCCCGGAGGCGCGCCGCCGUCGCCGCGCACGCUCGCCGUCGGCGCGCGGCUGGGCCAGCUGCAGCACCCGUGCGCGCCGCGCGGGCACCCCGAGCGGCAGAUGGCGGAGGAGCGGCGGAGGCUCGUAGCCGCCUCGCUGCGGCCGCUGCUGCUGCUCGCUGGCCGAGGCGCACAGUCGCUCUCGGCGGCGCAGGUCGACUCGCUGCUCCUCCUCCUCCGCCCCCGCGCCUGCCCCGCCCCCGGCCCCGCCCCUGCCCCGCCCGCCUCCCUCGCCGCCGCCCUCGGCCUCUGGGGCCCCUCGCCCGAGUCCGCGCAGAGGGGCACCCCCGUGCUGGCGGCACCCCACCCACGCGCCCCCGUGGCGGACCUCACGGCCGCGCUCGCCGCCGCCAUCGCCAACGCCUCGUCCGACGCCGCGCCGCCGCCGCCGCCCGAGCCGCUCCCGCCUCCAAGCUCGCUCUACCUCGACCUCACUCCGAGAGGGGGCGGAGGCGGAGGAGGAGGCGGCGGGGGCGGAGGAGGCGGCGGUGGCGGUGGUGGCGGCAGCGGUGGUGGCGGCAGCGGUGGUGGCGGGGGAGGGGUCGCCGGCGCGUUCCUGUCGAUUGUGACGCCGGCGGAGGAUGUGCGAGGGGGCGGGGGUACGGUGGAGCGAGUGGCCGGCGGGGUGGAGGGGGCGGCGGAGGUGGUGCGGCUGCUGGGCGUGCGGCGGCGCACGCUUGUGCUACGGGGAGGCGACGAGUGCGCGUUGGGCGUCGCGCUGCAGAUCAUCGACUGCCACCACUGCCAGAUCUACUGCUGUGCGCCCGUCCGAACGGUCGAGCUCCUCGGCAACUCGCACUCCUCCAUCCUCCUCGGCGGCGUGAGUCGCGUCGUCUCGGCGCGGCUCUGCGAGCGGGUGACGCUGGUGGCAGCGGCGGCCGCCGUCCGCGCCCACGGCCUCGCCGAGUGCUGCCUCCAGCUGUGCGUCGGCUCGCGGCCGCUGCUCUGGGGGGAGAACCGGCGCCUGUCCCUCGCCCCGUUCGGCGCCGUCUACACCUCGCUGCCGCAGCACCUGGCCGCCGCCCGCCUCUCGCCCGCCCUGCAGCACAACUUCUGGGCCACGCCCGCGCCUCCGGUGGUCGAGCUGCCGGCCGAGUACGCGUCGGCGCUCGAGUCGUGCGUCCGGGAGAUGGACGCGUUCUCGCACCAGCUGGCGGCGCUGCAGCCGUCCGAGGGGGUCCGCGGGGAGGUGACCAACCUGCUGCAGUCGCGGUUCAAGGACUGGCUGCUCCGCACCGGCAACAUGAGGCAGAUCACGGACCUGCUCGCCGCCGAGGGCGCCUGA